AUGACUUCAAAAAGAGCACUUUCCAAUAAUUUAUCAACUGUGCAAAAAGUACAAAAGAAAACGUAUCAAAGAACAAGACCAAAUUACUUUUUAUCUAUUAGACUUAACACACAAAAUAUACAAGAUAAUUUCAUGGAAUUUUCAAAUCAUGUGAAGAAUAAUUUUCCUGGGUACACUAAGCUUCUUAUUGAUCCAGUUCAGAUACAUAUUACUUUGUUUGUUUUUCAUAUUGAAAAUGAAGAAAGAUUGAAAAGCGCCAAAGAAUGUUUAUCUAAUAGUCAAAAUAUUUUAAAAGAAAUUAGUCCAAAUGGAGGACCUACAAUAAGUUUCAAAGGAAUUGAAAUCUUUAAUAAAGGACGUGUGGUUUAUGCAUCACCAAAAAAGGAUGAUCAAUUAUCAUUAAUCACUCAAAUAGCAGAUGCACUUCACAAAAGCUUCAAACAAAACAAAUUAGUUGGUGAUGAUGAUGAUUUUGAUAAAGACAAUUACCAACCACAUGCGACUUUAAUGAAGCUCAGAAAUGCUUUUUUUACAUUGGAGUCAAAUGAUGGCAAAAAACAGAAAAUUAAAACCAUUCCAGAUGAAUUAAAAUCACUAACUUCUACAAAUGAAAUAUUUCCACCUUCAACUAAUGCAAAUACAAUAUUUGAAUUUUCAUCUUUGUUGAAAAGUUUUUCAAGGUUUUUUAAAUUUGGAGGUUUUUCUGAAUCAGAACUAUUUUCAUAA